AAUGUUCGGGAACCUUUAUCUUUAUGCGUCGCACAUAUUUUCUCUCCCUGUCUCUAGUACUGUCGACACUUUAAAUUGCGUAACUCUUUUAUAGUAUAGAUAAAAAAAAGAAUUGGAAGGAGUGCCCGCGGCAUGAUGACAUCCCGGGCGCUCUAUAAAACCAGGAGGACCGAGGACGUAUCGUGUUCGUGUGCACUGUGUUGUCAUCUCCCGCGCCGCCUUGUUUGUGUGCUUCCGCGCUUUGACGCGUCCGUGAGCCGUUGGCCGUUGCGUUGCUGCUAUGGGCUCCCUGGCCACCGCAGACGAGCCGCUGCCGCCGCUCAAGUACCCUCAGCCUCGCCGCGACGACGACAUUGUCGACGACUACCAUGGCGUCCUUGUGCCGGAUCCCUACAGAUGGAUGGAGGAGCUGGAUUCGAAGGAGGUGAAGGAGUUCGUGGACGCGCAGUCGGCCGUGGCCAGCGCCGUGCUGUCCACCUGCGACCACCGCGGCCGCCUGCGCGGGCAGCUCACCGCGCUCUUCGACCACCCGCGCUUCCGCGCGCCCUUCAAGCGCCGGGGCAGCUACUUCUACUUCCACAACCCCGGCCUCCGCCCGCACAGCGCCCUCUACGUGCAGCGCGGGCUGGGCGGCGCCGAGCCCGACGUGCUGCUGGACCCCAACACCUUCAGCGACGACGGCACGGUGUCGCUCGGCAUGGUCGGCGUCAGCGACGACGGCGAGCACCUGGCCUACGGCACCAGCGCCAGCGGCAGCGACUGGGUCACCAUCAGGGUCAUGCGCGUGCGCGACAAGGAGCACCUGCCCGAUACGAUGUCCUGGGUGAAAUUCUCGCGCAUCGCGUGGACUCGUGACGGCCUGGGUUUCUUCUACUCGCGUUUUCCGGCUCCAAGGGGGGAUGUUGGUGGGGAGAUGGAUUCUGGGAUCAAGACUGACGUUAAUCUCAACCACGAAGUCUACUACCAUUUCCUUGGAACAGAGCAGUCACAGGACGUGUUGUGCUGGAGAGACCCUGACCAUCCCAAGUACAUAUACAUCCCUGAAGUCACAGAAGACGGCAAGUAUGUGAUCCUUUCAGUUUCAGAAACGUCAGAGCCGGUGAACAAGCUCUACUACUGCGACCUCUCAGCUCUUGCUCACGGGCUGGGCGGCAUCACGAAGCAGAGCACCCAUGGCAAUGGCAUGCUCCCCUUCGUCAAGCUCGUGGACAAAUUCGAGGCCUACUACGGGCUCAUCGCCAACGACGGCACCGAGUUCACGUUCCUCACAAACAAGGACGCUCCAAAGUACAAACUGGCGAGGGUCGACGUCGACGACGACGCACCCGGAUCGUGGACGGAUGUCGUUCCCGAAGACGACAAGGCGGUCCUGGAAUCGGCGUGCGCCGUCCAUGGCCACAAGCUGCUGGUGAACUACCUGUCCGAUGUCAAGUACGUCCUGCAGAUGAGGAGCUUGGUCACUGGGGAGUUUCUUCGUGACAUACCCAUUGACAUUGGCACUGUCAACGGGAUCUCCGGCAGACGAGUCGACUCCGAGGUGUUCAUUGAGUUUGCGAGCUUCCUUACCCCCGGGAUCAUCUAUAGGUGCGAUGUCAGCGCUGAGAUCCCAGAGAUGGACGUGUACAGAGAGAUCUCAGUUCCAGGCUUUGAUCGAAACGAGUUUGAAGCAAAGCAGGUAUUUUACCCGAGCAAGGAUGGAACCAAGAUCCCAAUGUUCAUCAUAUCCAAGAAGGGCAUGGACCUCGACGGCUCACACCCAGCGUUACUGUUCGGGUACGGCGGUUUCGGCGUGAGCAUAACGCCGCAAUUCAGCGUCACCCGCGUGGUCCUCAUGAGGAACCUAGGGUUCGUGACGUGCGUCGCCAACAUCAGGGGCGGCGGAGAGUACGGCGAGGACUGGCACAGGGCCGGGUCGCUCGCCAACAAGCAGAACUGCUUCGACGACUUCAUCGCCGCCGGCGAGUUCCUCGUCUCCGCGGGCUACACCAGCCCGGCGAGGCUGUGCAUCGAGGGCGGCAGCAACGGGGGCCUCCUGGUAGCUGCCUGCAUGAACCAGCGCCCUGAUCUGUUUGGCUGUGCCCUGGCCCAUGUGGGAGUGAUGGACAUGCUACGGUUCCACAAGUUCACCAUAGGUCGUGCAUGGACUUGCGACUUUGGGUGUUCGGACAACGAGGAAGAGUUCCACUGGCUUAUCAAGUACUCCCCCCUCCACAACGUGCGGCGGCCGUGGGAGAAGGAGAAGUGGGCGGCUGCCACCGGCGGCGGGCAGUACCCUGCAACCAUGCUGCUGACGGCGGACCACGACGACCGCGUCGUGCCGUCGCACACGCUCAAGUUCCUCGCGACGAUGCAGCACGUCCUGCGCGCGGGCGCGGAGGGCGGCAGCCCGCAGACGAACCCCAUCAUCGCCCGGAUCGAGCGCAACAGCGGCCACUGCUGCGGCCGAUCCACGCAAAAAAUCAUCGACGAGGCAGCGGAUCGAUACGCGUUCGCGGCGAAGAUGAUGGGAGUCUCUUGGAUCGAUUGAUAUGAGUAACCCGCGUGGCGUGAAGUCGGCGGCAGUCUUUUCCCUGUGAGAAAUUCGAGCGCGAAUGGCCAAGUACGCGAGGUUAUCGGUCUGUAUUGUAACCGGGCACUUUACCAAAAUGGCAUGACAUGUACAUAUAGCUUGCCUUUUUUUUUUCUUUUUAUUUACUUCGUCAAAGUUUCGGGUCAGCGAUCCAGCGUCAUUGUGAUGCUACGACGGUAGCCGGUAGGCACGCUAACGCCGCAACCGUGUGAUGUUUGUGUUUGCCUUUCUUGUGACAAUGCGUGAUGCAAGUGAGAGUAGAUACAACUUUGGCUUGACAUACAUGUACAAACUGGACAACUGGUUGCAUAUUUUUGCUCGGGUAAUACUUGUGUCCAAAUAAAUUAAUUUCUA